AGGGGGGUUGGUCCGGGAGAGCAUGGCCGCAGGAGCCAGAGGAGCGCCGCUGACUUGGUUCGCUUCCUCCACGUUGAUAAGACCGCUGCUCGUGGCGCUCGUUGGGGGACGUUCAACCCGGAGACUGUGUGCGUUUACGCGCGGCGGAGAGGUUUGAUUUACUGCGUGCGUUGCUGUUCCGCAGGGCAGAAGCGCUCGGGCAGCUGCGGGAGCCUGAGCUGCUGGUUGCGAGUCUUCUUUUCUGGCUUCUUGGUGAUUCACAGCGAACAGGAGGAGAGAUCCUGAGCCGGAGAGAGCUGAGCGACGGCACAAGGAGCUGCGUCUCUGCUCUUUUUUUUAUAUAUAUCUUUACAUUGUGGAACAUUUAUUUAUAUAUUUGUUGUGUUUUUUUUAUAUUUUCCACUCCGUACGCAACGUUGCCUCCUCUCUGGGAAAUUCAGUGCGAGUUGGAGAAAGUGUUGGCUGCGCGGAGCGGAGUUGAGUCGAAGGAAGAUUGUCCGUGUGUAAGGCAGAAAUAGAUUGGAUUUAGUUUGGUCCAAAGUAAGAUCUGACUGAGACUGAACAACAAACCGCUCUUUUAGAAAGAAGAGGAAGACAUUAAGCUUCAGUUUUGUAAUAAAAACCCGAGGAGGGAGCUACAUCUGUGCGGGAAUAAAACGCGUGAAGUGGACUCUCAUCCCAACACUUCACCACCACAUCCAUCAGUCUUUAAACCUGAACCGGAGGAGGGACUGUAAUCCGUUUGGCUUCGUCGGAGUUCCAGAGCCAGAAUGCCGCAGGUGGAAAUGAUCAUCUUCCUCAUCCUCAUCAUUGGGAUGUGCGUGUACGGCCAGGACCCAGCUUCCAAGGUGGUGUCCGACCGCUACGCCGUCUACUGGAACCGGACCAACCCCAAGUUUUACCGGGGUGAUUACCACAUCGAUGUCUGCAUCAAUGACUACCUUGACGUCUACUGUCCGCACUACAUGGGCCUAGUCUCUGACGAUAGGGCAGAGCGCUACAUCCUCUACAUGGUGAACUACGAUGGCUACAGCUCCUGUGACCACACCGCCAAGGGCUUCAAGCGCUGGGAGUGCAACAGGCCUCUGUCGCCUAAUGGACCACUGAAGUUUUCCGAGAAGUUCCAGCUCUUUACUCCCUUCUCCUUGGGCUUCGAGUUCCGCCCUGGCAGAGAGUAUUACUAUAUCUCCUCCAUCACUGACGACAAGGGAAGACGGAGCUGCCUUCGACUCAAAGUCUUCGUCAGGCCUCAAAACAAUUGUGUGAAAAGCUCUGGGAGCGUGCAGGAAGGGGUCGAUUUUGAGGACAACAGUCACAACUCCCUAGAACCCAGAGACGGCAUCGGUCCUGAGUCACCAGAGCCGGCACGAAGGGAUGUGAACUCGGUUGGUCGGUGCCAGACUUCAGUCCUCCUGCUCAGCUCCGCCCUCAUACUCCUGGCUGCCAUCUUGUCUUUAUAGCGCCCAGUCUGAGGAAUCCCCCUGGAAUGGACUGUCCUGAUUGGACCACAGGCCACCCUACCCUGCAACCCCUCCCCUCAAGGAGCACUUUUAAAAAUAAAAAUAAAAACACUGACAAUCUCUCUAGGUGAAAAGAGAGAGGGAGGGACUUCAGCACCGAAGCCUUCACUGUUUUUUGACUUGCCAACGAGUGUGAUUCUUGACUUUCUGGCGGGUGCUGAUGGUGGAGGCACCCCGAGGUGAAAGAGUCUCUGACCUGUCCGCCUCGCUACCGUUCACAGUAUGCAGAUAUUAAACAUUUCUUUUCGUUAAAGACAAGCACACAUACAUUGCUUUUAAACAUAUACACACACAGAACACAGACGACACAAUCAGUUCACUCUUUAGCUUGAAUGGCAAAGAAGCACAGCAGGAUCCCUCAAAAGUUUACAGACUUUUAACAUUUUUUGUGUUCAGGAAAAACGUCACGUAACCCCCGACCUGUAACAUGAUUAAAUCUCACGUCAAAGUGGAGGAGGUUUUGAAGAAGAUCUGGCAGCCACACAUCACAUAUGGGCCAACGGAAAGGAAAAAGUUGCUAAGAGACUGUUGCCAAGGGCGUGGGGGUAGGAGGUGGGCCUUUGAGUUAACCUUCCGCUCAGGUUAAAAAAAGGAAUCUGAUGCAUCGUGUCAGACUGUGGAGGACCCUUGCUGAGAGUAAAAAAAAAAAAAAGUUAAAGAAGCCCUCAUCUUUUAGUGUUUGGAUAGGGGCGGUUUAAUGAUCGAUUAAUGUAUUUGUUUUUUUUAAUAAAUCACGUAAUUCAAUUGUAGCAGCCAACACGGGUGUACAGUAAAAUAUUUCAGCAGAGCGUAGAAGUGGAUUUUGCCAGGCAAAAAUGUAUUUUCCUAUUUAUUGUGAAGUCCUCGUGCUUUUUUCUGUUCUGGUUCAGUCUGUAAGUACAGUAGAAAGGCAAUAAAAAACAACUACCCAUUAUGUUAGUUCAUAUUACACACAGUUUAUUUGAUACAAUCAUACAAAAACACUGAGUAUAGUUUAUGUAUCUGCUUGGAUUGAUUGCUGAUGAUGCUUUUUUAAUUGUUUUUAACAAAGUCCAAGAAGAAGUGGAAAAAAAAAAAAAAAGUCUGAUGUGCUAUCAGGGUGUAGAAGUCGUUGAAUAUUUGUGUUUCGAAUUUGUCAUUAAAAAUGUCACAAAUGUAGUUUUACUAUUACACUAUUGCUUUUGUGAAUCACUGUCAUAACACAGCUAUUGUAUAUAUAGAGGCAAAUUUCCUACAAAGUUCAGGGAUGUGUCCAUGCUUAACAUGAGGUAAAAGAUGAUUUUUGUUUUGUUUUUCUAAAUCGGGGAAGGUUGCUCUUCCUCAAAUAAAACAGCACAAGUUUUCUGUGGCUAAAGAUGUUUCAGUGAGACAGUGACUGAGUUACAGAGCAGGUGGUGGUAGUGUGUGAGGGGCAAGGGGGUUGUGCGUGAUUCUUUGAUGUCGUUUAAAGUGGCGUCUGAACAGAAAAUACACCGGGGGCACCCUUGUACCGGUUAUUUCUGGAAUGAAAAAUCGACCACCCGGGGAGAUGGAAUAAACAGAGCGAGGUGUCCUGUUCUCUCGGGGCAAACUGAAACUCUACCAAUGGACCUGAGAGGCGAAAGAGAAGGAGAGCAAGAUGUGAAGCUUUGUAGUGCUCCUGCUGAGAUCAAUAGUGAUGUUUUAAAGCAGGAACAUGCGGUAAACAUAUCUUCUCCACUAGGCUUGUGCUGAUUGGCGCAAAUCAAAAUCCACUAUUGACGGUUGAAGAGACGAUGGCCUUUUUUUUGUCAAAGAACAAAAUCUAAACUUUGCUCUUUACUGUGCAUUUACAGGAUCAGCACAAGUGACUCUGCUCCUUAAGUCAAAGCAACACGUUUGCGUUCCCUUUUUCAUCUUCUGACAAGUGCAAUCUGAUAAAAACCCGUCAUUCUCCAUUCUCCAUAUGCCUGCUCACCAAAGCUUUGCUCUGUGCACCGAUGUCCACAGCAUCCGCUGCCAUUAUAGCCGCUGUGUGUCCACUGGGUACGUGAGCCACACGAUUUUGAAAACUCUUUCCCCCGUUCUGCUACCUUUGGCUACAUUUUUGCCAGACUUACCUGUGUCGCUGAAGAGUGAAAUUCACUUGUGAAUGUAUAUAAAUGCCUGUAAUUAGUUUUUAAUUAUGCAUUUCAUUUGUUACUGACUUUGUCUAAAAUACAGCAAAACUAGUUUUUCGUGUUUGUAACUAUAGAGAGACCGAGAAACUGAGAGAAGAGACCUUUACCCAUCUGCCGUUGGAGACCAGUGAAUUAUCUAUCAGCGUUCUCUGGUAAUGGUAUAGUGUAACAGUACUAUAAAAUAUAGACUGCCCAACCGUAUUUUCCACCCAUCACUCUCAGCAAUACUGAAAAACACCUGAGUAGCAGCUUACUGUCGCAGUAUGAUGCAGUAUUAGGGCCACUCAUUAAAGACUGAUAUUAAAGUUGUCAAUUUGAGCUAAAAGUUAUAAUGAGUCAUAAGUUUGAGAAUAAAGUGAUGAUUUAAACUAAGUAGUAUUAGUAGAAUAUCUAUAUUACAAGAGAAAAUGAUAAAGAAUAAAGAAAAAAGUUUUGAUUUCAGAGGCAACUAUGAGAUUGAAUCAGAAUUUCAGAUUAAAGUCGUAAUUUUACAGGACUAAAUAUAAAAAUAAAUAAAGUAAUUUUUGAAGAAAAGUCAAAAUAUGAGAAUAAAGUAUUUUACAAAAACCACAAUGAGAGAAAAAGUUAUAUUACAGGAAUAAAAUUGUAAUUUUGCGUGAAAAGUAACCUGAGUAAUCUCGUUACAAUAGUACAAUUUUUCUUGAAAUAUUUUUAUCCCCUUAUCAGUGGCCCUAAUAUUCCAUCAUUGUGCAGACAGCUUGUUGUCAGAGAAGAAAAGUUACUCACUUAAAGGGCCACUCCCUCGAUUAGUAGUGCACCUCUAUAAAGUAAAAUGAGUCACAAGAGACAACAAGUAACAGAGGACAGACACACUGACCUUUUACUCUCAACUACUAAGUUUAAUACCCCAUAAUGCAACUCAGUUGUAUCUUUUGUUAGACUGUUCCAGCCUAGUAAAUGCCCAUCUUUCAAACUCCGCACCACCAGUUUGUUACACACACUUCCUGUUAUAUAUUUGUUGUCUUCAACCCAAGCUUAAUGACAUCAUCAGGGUUACUUUAUUUUUACAAAAAGGUUCCUCCUGUACCACAGAGGACAUUAUACAACAUUUUUCACAGGCGGAGUAGUCCGCUAUGUGAUGAGUAAACUGAAGUUGAUGUGAAAUUGGUGCAGUGCCCCUUUAAAUAGUAAUUUAUCAUUUAUAAGUGAUCAACAGCAUCAAAUUACAGAGCCAUACUGAUAUUUCUGUCCUUCAAAUUAGUAACAUCACCUUCACCCCUUAAUACUCUUGUUUUACACUAAUUACAUUCAAAUUGUGUUACAUAAUCUCAGAUUACUGUUUCACAGACCUAAAGAAUAUUCACAUAUGUCAGUACGAAAUAUAAAUGAAAAUGUCAUUAAAUCUGAGCUGAGAGUGCCAGGGAGAAAAGAACUGAAGGCAAUAACAUAAUAACAUAGGUUUUGGUCCACAAGUGUAUAAUGUGAGGGAAGGAAUUAUUAAUGUAAGGACAUAAAUUAAGUUUUUGAGGGUAGUUUCAGGGAGUAAUUCUUAAUUUGAGAGCACAAAUGACUACUUUAUUAAAUCUUUUCCUCCUCACACCUACCAGCCUCCAACCACUUCAGUUCAGCCAACAUUAAGAGUCCACUGUCACUGUAAUCAUCGCCUCCAGCCACGCCAUGAUGAGAAAAACCAAUCAGUUAGUUGGUGGAUACUGUGUAUCCAGCAGUUAGUCUGUUGUAACAUACAGUGUUAGAUACUUUCUCUUUUUUCCACACCUCUUUUAAAGGGCGAUUUAACUGACACAUUAAUGUUCUUAGCAAGAAAAAAGCUUCACUGUUUGAUAUGAAAAAAUGCUUCGUUUCAUUUUAUAUGUCUUUUAUAUGAAACAAAAAAAUAAUACAGGAUUAAUGUUGCACCCUCUGUCUGUAAAUGUGUGCAAACAUGGCACACAGUGAACAUGCAGUGCAGUCGGGUUACAAUCAUGAAUCAAAGGGCCUGAAGAAAGAACAGAUGGAUCUCCAAGAGCUAAAAUAUCUGUUUUCCCUGCCUUUUUUUCUCCCUCUCUCCCUCUCUUGUUCAUUGUAUUGUUGCAUCAAAAGUGUCUUUAAAGGUGCAGGAUGUUCUUUCUUUCUGUUCUGAAUCUUCACCUCCAGCUGUUUUCAAACCGAGCUACGUUUAAGAUCGGUGCGGUGCCGAUGUUACGCGAUUCAGGAGAUGCAGUUGACUUAUUGGUGUGCAGAAGCUCAAUGUGCUUGUUUGUGGCAGCAGGAGAAAGUCUGUUUUCCACCUCGAACUUUGAUGUUUCAUGUUUUAUUGAGCAAACUGCGCUACAAGGAGAGCAGAUAUUAUAUUCUAAGGACUUCUUCACCUCAUUUUGGUACCAUGUAGCCUGAAGCAAACGCCACUGUGUCCCUGCUUUGCAGUAUGAUCUCCAUCCUCUGUAUCUGAAAAAAAGGAUGUGUGCUUUUGUCAGUGCAUUUAGCAUUGGAAAGGUUUUUGUUACUUUAGCCACAACUGUGCUUUUCCCCCCAAAAAAACUAGACAUGGAUGUGCCACAGAACUGCACAUUUCUUUGAACAUUGUAGUAACUGUACCUUGUGCCUAUAUGAGCCCCAUCCUCUCCUGUACU